AGAGAAAAGCGGCCAUGCAGGUGCUUACCAAGCGCUACCCCAAGAACUGCCUGCUGACCGUCAUGGACCGGUACUCAGCUGCGGUACGCAACAUGGAGCAGGUGGUGAUGAUCCCCAGCCUUCUGCGGGACGUGCAGCUGAGUGAGCACAGGGGCCCGGCUGAGCCUGGGACCCCUGAUCUCUACACCUACUUCACCAUGCUUAAAACCAUCCGCGUGGACGUGGACCACGGGCUGCUGCCGCGGGAGGAGUGGCAGGCCAAGGUGGCAGGUGAAGCUGAUGAGUCAGAGAAUGAAGCUGCAGAGAUAGAGGAGGCUGAGGACGAGAGGGCCUCAGAGGAGCUGGACCUGGAAGCCCAGUUCCACCUGCACUUCUCCAGCCUGCAUCACAUCCUUACCCACCUCACCAUGAAAGCUCAGGAGGUGACGAGGAAAUACCAGGAAAUGACGGGACAGGGCCUGUAGGCCUCGGACCCUAGGGAAGAUAACUUUACAUGAUAGAAAGCAGACUCUGUGAUGAGGACACGGAGCAGUUCACUAGCCCUGAUGAUGAGACCAGAAAGGCCUGGACCUGUAGCUAGAAGUGAAGGCAACUCAGUUCUUCGGAAUGCUUCUCUACCUUCCUCUGAACACCAAUUCCUGGACUUACUGGCUUCAAUCACCGGCUUACCUUUAGGAUGUUUGCUGCUAUUCACAGCUCCCCUUACUCCUUUCUCUAGCUUGGGGUAGUGACCAGUGGUUUAUGAGGGACUAGACAAAGUUACCUGUCCAGUGUGGUACAGUAGAAAGAGAACUGGUGUUAGCAUGUGACCAAAGUUCACAUCCCUCCUCUUGGCAGUCAAUCACUAUGUGAUCUCAGGCAAGUUAUUUAAACCAUUGGAGCCUAAAUUCCCUCAUGUAUAAAAUGGGGAUAAUAUUAUCUACCUCACAAGAUUAUGAAAAUUAAACAGAUGAUGAAUCAACCUGGCACGUAGAAGCUAUUAUAAUAGGCUGAUUUUUUCUCCAACUCUCAUCUAUGUUAUUUGCUCUAGCCCUUGCUUUUUACUCUACAGAAGAGGCAGCAGAGUCCCAUGGGUUGAGUAGUUCACCCUCUUGUACCUGCUGACCACUGAUGAGGCCGAGCCUAUGUGAACUAUAAACCUAUUCAUUGCUGUAGCAAUAAAGAAAUAAAACCUUGUA